AUGGGUCCGCCCCUAGCUGUUACAGUCGAUACAGAUGAGGAGGAGGAGGAGGAUGACGACGGCACGUAUGAGGUUGAUGGAGGGACAUGCAAAGCAUCCGAAGAGAAGGGCUUCUUUAUGAGGUAUCUGCGUUCAUUGUUACUUGGUUAUCUUCGCUCUUUCAGUUCUGAUUCUCUGCUUCAACAGUUACUCUUGUUCAAUAUGUCUCUUAAAAGUGGCCUAAAAAAAGUGCAAGCAGUGCUCUUGCUAUUGGGGGAAUGUGACAUUCCUACUGCUGUGCCCACUAUUGAAGUUCCUUUCGACAACAUGGUUGAGGAUUUUCCAAAGCAAUGCACUAAGACAUCAGAUUCAAGGGGAAGUGCCAUGAUGGGUAAGGUCUCCGUACACACUACCGUCCCCAGACCUUACUUAGUGGGACAUUACUGGGUCGAUGUUGUUGUUGUUGAUUUUCCAAAGCAAGUUAAUCUUUCAAGAAGAUUUGCCUCCUUGGUUAGAUUCCGAGAGAAGCGAAAGGAGAGAUGUUUUGGCAAGAAAAUUAGAUAUAGUGUCAGGAAGGAGGUUGCUCAAAGGUUCCUGUCUGUGUCGAUGGUUUCUCAUGCUAAGAUUUUGCAUAUAUUGGAAGCCGUAGUAUUCAUCCAAACUGAAAAUGAAAAGGACAAUAAUUUUGAUCUGAACUGUCCUGUAAAGUGUCACCAUUGUGGCGUGAAUGAAAAUUGUACGCUAGCAAUGCGUCGUGGGCCAGAUGGACCAAGGACACUCCGUAAUGCAUGUGGACUAAAGUGGGCAAACAAGGGAACAUUGAGAGAUCUAAGCAAGGGAGCGAGGAAAAUAUCUGUUGAACCAAAAGAACUGGGAACUCCUGACAAUCCCAUGAAGGCCUUUGCUGAAGGAUCUCUUGAUCAGUGUGCUGAUGUAGAAAAGAAUCUAUUCGGCACUGGGAGCAAUCAUGCAAAUGAGAUACCUGUGGGUAUCACUAGUCCUUCUAGUAAUCUUGUUGAGCAGGAAACUCUAGUUGAUAUUGGAAAUGCUUCCAAAACUGAAAUUGACAUUCCUGCAAAUUUUGACUAUGACAUCUCCUUUUCCAGAGAGAUAUUACCAUUUCAAACUAACCCUGUUAAUUUGGAAUGGAUGCAAGUGUAAGUG